CUUCACGUUAAUUUUCCUGAAUCGAAAGAAAGCCACCAUCAUGGCUUCAACACUAGUGGAGGCGACUCGAUCCGCACAUGAGGAGGUGGAGAGGCUGGAGCUACUCAUAGUCCAGUGCCUUGAAGACACCGACCCACUAACUAGCCGGAAACACCGCUCGAUUCGGAACCAUAGGGUACGCCAGAGGAUCGAUUCUAUUACCUCCACCGCCAACAGACUCAUGGAUACUUACGAAGAUAAAGAUAAUGCGAGAAAGGAAGAGAUUGCGGCACUUGGAACAGACGGGUUUUGUGCUUUCUAUGGUAGGUUGAAAUAGAUUCGUGAGUACCAUAGAAAGCAUCCGGCUUCUCAUGAUGCUAAUGCAGGCUAUGAUCGGUACGAGGCAUUGCCGGUCAUCAAAUUUACUGGAGAGGAGGGUUUUGGCCGGUAUCUAGACUUGCAUGCACUAUACAAGCAAUACAUCAACUCUAAAUUUGGCAAACCAAUUGAUACGCUGCUUACUUUGGGCAAAAGGCUACUUUUAGUUUUAGCCUUUAUCUCAAUAAAUCUAGAGGUUUUAG